CCCCGGGGGACUACAGGGUCUGAUCCUAAACAUGUGAUCAUGUGUGUGUGUGUGUGUGUGUGUGUGUGUGAGAAGUUAUGAUUGAGACGAAGCGCAAUCCCCUGCACUCUUUCACUCUUUUACGCACUCCGGAGAGUCUGAUGCUCUCGCGCGCUUUGAUCAUGCAGCCGGUGACUCUCGGGGUGCUCUUGUUCCUGCAGCUCGCACGUGUAUCGCGCGCGCAGUUCCCGCGACCGUGUGCGACGUCCGAGGUGCUCCGGACUAAAACGUGCUGUCCCGCGUGGCCCGGUGACGGCUCGGUGUGCGGCGUGAGCUCCGGUCGCGGCUUCUGCCAAGACGUGCAGGUGUCCGAUCUGCCGAACGGGCCUCAGUUCCCGCACAGCGACGUGGAUGACCGCGAACGGUGGCCGCUCGUUUUUUACAACCGCACGUGCCAGUGCGCGGGCAACUUCAUGGGCUACAACUGCGGCGAGUGCAAGUUCGGCUACUACGGUGCCAACUGCGCGGAAAGGCGCGAGAGCGUGCGGCGGAACAUCUUCCAGCUGUCGGUGGCGGACCGGCAGCGCUUCAUCUCGUACCUCAACCUGGCCAAGAACACCAUCAGCCCCGACUACAUGAUCGUGACGGGCACGCGCGCGCAAAUGAACGACAGCGCGACUCCGAUGUUCGCCAACAUCAGUGUGUACGACCUGUUCGUGUGGAUGCACUACUACGUGUCGCGCGACGCGCUCCUCGGCGGUCCUGGCAACAUCUGGUCGGACGUGGACUUCGCGCACGAGGCUGCCGCCUUCCUGCCGUGGCACCGCGUCUUCCUGCUCUUCUGGGAGCACGAGAUCCGUAAACUCACCGGCGACAUCAGCUUCACCAUCCCGUACUGGGACUGGCGGGACGCACGCGACUGCCAGGUGUGCACGGACGAGCUGAUGGGCGCGCGCAGCCCGCUCGACCCCAACCUCAUCAGCCCCGCCUCGGUCUUCUCCUCCUGGAAGGUGAUCUGUACUCAUCCAGAGGUGUAUAACGCACGUGAGGUGCUGUGUGACGCUGCACCUGAGGGUCCGCUGCUCCGUAACCCUGGCAACCACGACCCCAGCCGCGUCGACCGGCUGCCUACCGACGCAGACGUGGAGUUCGUUCUCUCCCUCACGCAGUACGAGAGCGACACUCUCGACAGGCGCGCCAACAUGAGCUUCCGGAAUGUGCUGGAAGGUUUCGCAAGUCCGAAGACAGGUAUAGCAGUGUCAGGUCAGAGCACGAUGCACAACGCACUACACAUCUUCAUGAACGGCUCGAUGUCAUCAGUGCCGGCGUCAGCUAAUGACCCCAUAUUCCUUCUGCACCAUGCGUUUAUAGACAGCAUCUUUGAGCGAUGGCUACGUCUUCACCGGCCCCCGCGCACUAUUUACCCUGAAUCCAACGCUCCGAUUGGCCAUAACGGAGGCUACAACAUGGUGCCCUUCAUCCCUCUGUACAAAAACAUGGACUACUUCAUCUCCACCAAAGAGCUGGGAUACGAAUACACUUACCUACUGGAUCCAACUCAGCGGUUCCUGCAGGAGUUUAUCACUCCUUAUUGGCAGCACAUGCAGCAGAUUUGGCCCUGGCUGCUUGGGGCCGCUGUGCUCGGGGCCCUGGUUGCCGCGGUCAUCGCCAUGAUUAUCAGAAGGGUUGUCAAGGUGACGCGUCGCCGAGGGAACAGGAAGAAUGGACACGGAGAGAAACAACCACUACUGAACAGCAGCGAGGAGGAGGACACCGCUUCGUACCAGACCACACUCUGAUCAUGCACACACACACAUACAACACACGCACGCACACGCACACACACACAUACAACACACGCA